CUCAUUGGACGGCGCAGCCCACGAGCCGCCGCUAACACGAGUGUGUCCCCCCGCGCGGAUGGAUGACGGAUGUGCGCACGGGCGGCUCGUCCCCGUUUGCCGCGCACGCGUGCACCGUGCCACGCGUGGGUGCAAGGAAACACGCCCAAAUCCACGCAUACGCACGCGCCCACUCGUGUUCCCGCCCGCUUGAUCUCCCCCACGCGGGUCCGCCCCGCGUUCAUCCCCACUCGUUUCCCCGCCUCGUGGCCGUGCCGCGCCGCACGUCGCUCCGCGUGGAGCACAUGGCCCCGCUCGGCCCCGGCCGCCACCGCCUUGGCCGCCCCCCCCGCGCUCCCACUCCCGGCGUGGGGCGGCCCCGUGACGGGCGCGGACGUCAUCGGGGCGGAGCGACGCGUUGCCGAGCGGGCGCUGCCCGGAGCCAGGAUGCCCCCCACGCUGCCCACCAACAUCGACAUCCGCGAGCCCCGCUGGGAUCAGAGCACGUUCCAGGGCCGGGCCAAGCACUUCUUCACCGUCACCGACCCCCGCAACCUGCUGCUGUCGGGGGCAGCCCUGGAUGAGGCGCGCCGCCUGGUGCUGGCCUACAGGGCGGGCACGGUGCCCCCGGGGCUGACCGAGGAUGAGCUGUGGCGUGCCAAGUACAUCUAUGAUUCCGCCUUCCACCCCGACACGGGAGAAAAGAUGCUGCUCAUCGGGCGCAUGUCAGCUCAGGUACCCAUGAACAUGACUAUCACAGGUUGUAUGAUGACCUUCUACAGGACCACACCAGCUGUGGUGUUCUGGCAGUGGGUGAACCAGUCCUUCAAUGCCAUCGUUAACUACACCAACCGCAGCGGGGAUGCCCCCAUCACACCCAGCCAGCUGGGGACAGCCUACGUGAGCGCCACCGGAGGGGCAGUUGUUACAGCACUGGGGCUCAAGUCCCUCACCAAGCACCUGCCGGCCAUCAUCGGGCGCUAUGUGCCUUUUGCGGCCGUGGCUGCUGCCAACUGCAUCAACAUCCCGCUGAUGAGGCAGAGGGAACUCAAAGUGGGGAUCCCCAUCACAGAUGAGAAUGGGAACCGCCUGGGUGAGUCCACGGCAGCUGCCCAGAAGGCCAUCUUCCAGGUGGUGGUGUCCCGCAUUGGGAUGGCAGCCCCGGCCAUGGCCAUCCCCCCGGUGAUCAUGAAUAUGCUGGAGAAGAGAGCCUUCCUCAAGCGGUACCCGUACCUGAAUGCUCCCCUGCAGGUUGGCUUGGUGGGACUCUGCUUGGUGUUUGCAACCCCGCUGUGCUGUGCUCUCUUCCCACAGAAGAGCUCGAUGCAGGUGAGCCGCCUGGAGCCCAGCGUCCAAGCUCAGAUCCGGGAGGUGGACCCACAGCUGCAAACUGUCUACUUCAACAAGGGGCUGUGAGCACAGGGCCGCUGUGUCACUGAGCUCAGAGCAUCCCAAGGAUGCAGCUGCUGCCCCGUGGCCACCUCCUGUCCCCAGGUGCUGCAGUAUAGCUGAGCCCCCACACACAGCGGGCUCCCAUCCCGGCACCUCCCCUGAGCUGUGCUUUGCUGCUCUCCUGUCCCCACGUGGGGCUGUCCUGAGGGCCACCAGCCUGGUGCCAGGAGGAGGGAAUAUUCCCCCGGUGGCACAAGGCUAGUGGGCAGCAGACCUGGGCACUGGACAAGUGGUGCUUCACAGGGGUGGGGACAGGGAGACCCUGUGUGCUGCUGCCAUCCUCCUGCUGUGCUGCACGGUGCAGGGGCACACAAGUGUCCCAGCCUCAGGCAAUAUCAUGGGGUGACUGUGCUGCUGGUGUCCCUGCAAUCUCUGACCCAUGUCAUACCAGGUGUCUCCACUCCUGGCUGUUACCCAGCGUGUUUCCCAUACCCAGUGUGUAUAUGUCUAUCAAGGCUGUGUCUCGUGGCAUCCCCCAGGCUAGAACCUGAGAUGGAUGCUCCCACUUUUGGGCAUUGCAUUCUGAAAACACAACCCCCAGAAGCCAGGAGUGAGCACUAUGGGAUGUACAGUGUGGCAGGGGGGGCUGCUCCAGCCCGGGUGUGCGUGCGCAGCUCCCCGUGCGCACUGCUCUGUGCUGAUCCGGGCUGUAAUCUGGCUUUCCCCGGAGCAAAUGGCACAUUUUAAUCUCAGCAGUCCCCGUUUUAUUCCCUUUAACACCGCCUUUGCUCAAGGUUUGGCUCCUAUGUGGCUUCUUCCAUGGACCUUCUCAUAUGGCUUUAAGCACAUCGCUGUUUCCUCUGGUUAUUUUUGUUAUACAUACUCCGUACCUCUAUCUACCAAAUAAUAAAGGCAGGUUGUUUAUACAAAAA